AUGUGUCGUGGUCGAGGGCCAGCAAUCGUGGAAAGCUCCCCAGAGCUAGCCACCGGAGGCAUUUUGGUCUUCAAAGCAAGAAGGCCGAAUUGCUUUGUCCUACCGUGGCAGCAUCAGGCUUUUACUAUUCAGCCCAGCGUUCAGAUGACUCUCGCGGUGCGGAAAAAAGCUACGCUGGUUUAUGUACAGACGGAAACCCUUCAUCAGAGGUGGCCACAAGCCGUGAAGGACCAUGAGUUCUUUUAUCCAAUGCCCAGGAUGAAGAACAACUUGACCGAAGUCAUACAGACUAUUACCAGUUCGAAUCUAGGGAGCAAAUGGAUGAUGAUUCGAAAGCUAACCAGGACAUGCGAAGCAGUUACCCAUCAGACGAACCUAUGUGGUGAAGCUAGAGUUCGCCGGGCUUAUGGCAUGGACAAAAUGAGCAGUAUGUGCAUGGGAGCCAAAUGGAGGUUGUUUGCGAUUGUCGAGUAG